AUGCAUGUAGAAUCCUCGAGCACCACGGACAGCUCAAACCUCUCGUUCUUCUGCAGCGUUUCUCGGGCUGACCUCGCAUUCUCCAGAGACGCACAGUCACCAGCGCCCGUCAAUCUGCUAUCGACGUCUCUCAGGGUGCUACCAGCGACGCUUGGUCGCGUGUUCGCGGUGUCGGCGCUGCUGCUCGUCGCGCUAUCCACCGUCUCGCAGUACCGCGAUCUACAAGCAGCCGCGAUAAUGGCGCAGCCGCCCUUUCCCGUGCUGCCGCCGCUGGAAGUCCAUCGGCUCGUGGAGGAGCAAGGCUACGUCUACCUGGACGUCAGAACGGCAGAGGAAUUCGCGCAGGUGCACGUGCCGGGGUCCGAUCUCAUUCCCUACUUCAUCACCGCACCCGACGGUUCACAGCAGCCUAAUCCCCAUUACCUCCAGCAAGUGAAGGCCAAAUACGCCCUCGAUACGCCCCUCAUCGUGGCCUGUCGCAGCGGCAGGAGGUCCAACCUGGCAGCGUGGGAGAUGACGGCCCAG